CUUUUGAACCCGGACCACCACCUUUUACUUGGGGCAUCUAACUUAUCCAGCAGUGAAACGCUUUUGUCGAAAUGUCUCAAUUUCAACGACGCAACGAGCCAUCAGUAUGGGAUAAAAUGAAAAUGGGCGCCGUCAUGGGUGCUGGCGUGGGUCUGACCAUCGGUUUCAUCUUUGGGUCGUGGAGCAUCUUCCGAUAUGGAGCAGGAACUCGAGGGACGCUCUCCACCCUUUCGAUGUACAUGUUGAACAGCGCGGCCACAUUUUCGUUCUUCCUUUCCAUCGGAUCUGUCAUUCGUAAUGAUUCUACGAUCCCGCCUCACCUGGAGGCCCAGCUUACGGCUCCAGCCAUGAUGCUUCGUUCCCGGAACGAGGGCUUGCGGAUGAUGAAAGCGCGAUGGGAGGAAGAGCGCAGGCGUCAAAUUAACGCCUGAAAUAUUCCUUAUGUCUUUUGUUGUCAUUUUGCGGCAUUAUGACAGAGUAUUGCUGAGACGGUCAGUUCUGAACCGUAAAUUUUCUUGUAUGAAUAUGCGACAUUCAAAUUAUGCGUAUACACUGAAUUUCGAUAAAAUUUCGACUUUGUGAACUUUGUCAAGAAGCCCCUAUCGUUUC